AUUUGAACGCACUAUGUCACUACCAGUGUGCCUCAUGCUUGUUUCUGCCGCAUCAUAUGCUCUCUCUUCGUCGAAAUAAACUACCGAGCCGCCGUGAAUAGAGACUCAUACAUAAAUUGCUGGAUCGCCGAUCGAUCCUCUCGAGGAAUCGAUAUCGACAGUCUGAUCGGCUGAGCUUUUGACUUAUUCGACCUUUUCUUUUUUGUCUGUUAAACAACAGUCUAUUUCUUUCAAUGGCUUCGGAGGAGGUGAAGACGGGUGAGUUGGCUGUGGAGAAGAUUGUGAACCUUGCCGAGGAGGCGAAGCUCGCUAGAGAUGAAAUUAAGCCCACAAGCCAUGCGCUUCUCAGUAUAUGCAAGUCUCUCGUUGCUGGAGGUGUUGCCGGCGGCGUGUCACGAACAGCUGUUGCUCCUUUAGAGCGUUUAAAGAUAUUACUACAGGUACAAAAUCCGCAUAAUAUAAAAUACAAUGGUACAGUUCAAGGCCUGAAGUAUAUCUGGAAAACUGAAGGCUUCAGAGGAUUAUUCAAAGGCAAUGGCACCAAUUGUGCCCGAAUUGUCCCAAACUCAGCUGUCAAGUUCUUCAGCUAUGAGCAAGCCUCCAAGGGUAUAUUAUGGCUAUACCGCGAGCAAACUGGCAAUGAGGAUGCUCAGCUCACUCCUCUGUUGCGUCUUGGUGCUGGAGCUUGUGCUGGCAUAAUUGCCAUGUCUGCAACAUACCCAAUGGACAUGGUCCGAGGCCGAAUUACUGUACAAACAGAAAACUCUCCUUAUCAGUACAGGGGAAUGUUUCAUGCAUUGUCAACUGUGCUUCGCAAUGAAGGUCCUAGGGCUUUAUAUAAAGGAUGGCUUCCUUCGGUCAUAGGAGUUGUUCCUUAUGUGGGUCUGAACUUUGCUGUCUAUGAAUCUUUAAAAGAUUGGUUGAUAAAAUCUAAACCUCUUGGGCUGGUCGAAGAUUCUGAACUGAGUAUUGUUACAAGGCUGGCAUGCGGUGCUGCUGCAGGGACUGUUGGCCAAACUGUUGCUUAUCCACUCGAUGUCAUCCGCAGAAGAAUGCAGAUGGUGGGAUGGAAAGGCGCUGCUUCUAUUGUCACCGGUGAAGGGAAGAGUCAAGCUCCCCUUGAAUAUACCGGCAUGAUUGAUGCCUUCCGGAAAACUGUUCGUUAUGAGGGUGUUAGAGCACUGUACAAGGGUCUGGUCCCCAACUCUGUGAAGGUCGUCCCUUCAAUCGCUAUUGCUUUCGUGACAUAUGAGCAAGUGAAAGACAUAUUGGGGGUGGAGAUCAGAAUCUCAGACUGAUGGAGGACAUUAAAGCCCAAUUUUGUAGGCAAAGGAUAACACAGAAGAUUAUGUACUCUCAAUGCACAAAAAUUAGGAACCAAUUCUUCCCAGUGUUCUCUCAUUCAACUUAGCUUUUGUUUACUCAGUAAUCGCUUGCAUGAAUGCAAGGAAUAAUAAUGUAAUAAUGCAAUAAUAAGCGGUUGGAUUAUGUCUUCUCA